CUCUUAGCCAUGAGGGCGAUGGCUCGCGGUCAGUCAGUCAUUUGUGAGAUGUCCUGGCUACUGGUGUCUCUGUUGUUCACCUCCUUGACCCUUACUUCAGCAGACAGCUCUCCUCAACCCUCCAAUACCGCCAAGGGCAAGCCACCUCUAUGGAAUGCUACGUGGACGGAUGAAUUGAAACAUGACCUGCUGUUGAAGUACGACAAGUUCGCUCGACCCGCGCAGCACACUAACGUCACAGAGGUCACCUUCAAAGUCACCAUCUUACAUAUAGAAGUGGAUGAAGCCAAAUCCAUGAUGAUUAUUAAUGGCUGGACCCAACUUCAAUGGUUGGACGAGAAGUUGAGGUGGAACCAGAGUGACUAUGGCGGCAUCUCGAAGAUCCACGUGGCCGACCACGAAGUCUGGCAGCCAGAUAUUGUCCUGUAUAACAACGCACUGGGCAACAACAUAGACCACUACGGGCAUACGCACUGUAUGGUUUACAGCAAUGGCGAGGUCCUCUGGGUGCCGCCCUCACAGUUCUCUGUGUACUGUGACCUCGACCUCAGUAAAUGGCCUUACGACAGACACACGUGCCGGCUCUUCUUCGGCUCCUGGGUACACGGCGGAGAGCAAAUAUACCUGAAGCGAAAGGGAAAUUCAUCGGAGUCUGACUCGGAGGUGAAAGGGGAGCCCGGCAAGUGGGCACUUCUCUCCCUCAUGGAGAUCGAACACACAAAGUACUACUCUUGCUGCAGUGAACCUUACUACAAUAUCGAGAUAUUUCUCACAAUUGAGCGGCGAAGUCCAGAAUACUCCGCUGUAGUCUUCACUCCAGCAUUAGUGUGUGUGAUGCUGAUACUUUCCGUCUUCUGGUUACAACCCUCUUGCUCGGAAAGGGUUGUUAUAUCAGGGGUGACUGCCGUUAUCGACACGAUCUUCUUGGUGUAUUUCGCCUAUCGACUGCCCGCAAUGGGAACCAACAUUCCUCUCAUUGUAAAGUUCUACUCGUACCACCUGUUGCUGGUCUGUUUAUCAUUGGUGGUGACAAUCGCUCUACGGAAUGUGCCCCGGUCCGUGCCUCUACCCUGGGCCAUCCACAGGUUCCUGAACGGCCGCCUGCCAGCUCUUCUGGGCCUGAAGAGUACUCAGAACAAGUUCAUGUCGAUGUACCCCAGACAAGACAGUGAAGAGUUACAUGAACGCUCCCUGGUGGACCGAGGUCGCACCGAGUCUGUGGACACGACCUCGCAGCAGAGCCUCAACUUCACCCGGGAAUGGUUACUAUUUGCCACAGCUGUCGACAGAGUAAUGUUUCUUCUUUACUGUUUCAUAUUUCUUUUUAUUGGUCUAAAGUGUUAUCUAACUUAACAUGUGGUCUUUGAAAUGUCAACAAUAUACAUUUUUGGUUUGAAAUUAGUA